UCCCCCCCAACACCCCAUCCCAAGAUGCCGCCGCCGCCUCCUCAAAAACAACAAAAAACAACCAUAAUCGCCAUCUCCGGCCCCUCCAGCAGCGGCAAAACGACCCUCGCCCGACUCCUCCAACGCAUCUUCUCCAAACUAACCCCGCAAUCAAACACAAAUCCCAAUCUCCGAACAUUCAUCGUCCACGAAGACGACUUCUACCAUCCAGAUGACAAAAUCCCCCUAAUCCCCCACCCCCGCAACCCCACCACCUCGAUCCAAAACUGGGACACGCUUUCCGCACUCGACAUCCCAUUCCUCAGCGCCGCAUUAUCCUACAUCCAUUCGCACGGACACUUGCCUCCGCGCCUACGGUCAAAGGAGGAUUUGAAUGAUGUGGCGGAGUCCGGGGUAUCAGAGGAGGUUGUGUCUCGGAUGAGGGAGGUGGUUAGGGAGCGGGUUCCUGGGUACUUUCUUGAUACUAAGGUCAAUUCUACUUCUGAGGAUGGGGAUGGGGAUGGUGUCAGGACUAUCGUCUUCUUGGAGGGGUUUCUGCUUUUCGCACCACCCAGGGGGGAAGAUCCGGACCAUGGGUUGAGGGAUAUGCAGGAGAAGAUGGAUGUGAGGUUGUUUUUGCCGGCGAGGUAUGAUAAUGUUAAGGAGAGGAGGGAGGGGAGGAGUGGGUAUGUGACUAUUGGGCCGGCGCCGGUGCAACAGCAGGGUGGUGAGGGUGAGAGUAGUGGGAGUACGGAGUUGCCGCAGAGAGGGUCGGUGGAGGUGGAUUUGGAGAAGGAUGAUAGGCCGCCGCAGAAUUUCUGGACGGAUCCGCCGGGGUAUGUUGAUGAUAUUGUGUGGCCUAAUUAUGUGCAGGAUCAUGCGUGGUUGUUGUUGCCGGAGAGGGACGAAGGGUCGACGGAGUGGAGGAAUGCGGACACGCAGGAGCUGGUCAAGCUGGUGGGACAGGGAGUGAAUCUGAGAAUGGAUGCGGGUGUAACGGUGGCUCCUGGACAGGGAGAGGCGUCUAUGACGGACAUUCUCGAGUGGGCGGUCGAGGAAGUACUCAAACACAUUGCGGAAACAGAAGGACAAUGAGAACCUGGUUCAUCUGUAGUACCUAACUACACAGAGUACCUCCCCGAAGCCACUCCCUUGCCUCUAUCAUGAAUCCCCAGUUGAUUCCACGUAACAACCUCAGCGACCUCCUCCAGGGUUCCAUAACCGCCCGGAAGGGCUACAAACCCUGACCCAGGACCACCGGCGAGAACUUCCUCUGCCAUUUUUUGUUUUCGCUCGUGCAUGCUGUCCACGAUGGUGAUUCUCCCGUAUUCGCCCUCGGCUGGUGAAGACCCUGGGGCAAGCAUUCGCUCGGGUUGUUUCCCAUCCUCCUGGGCCUUGCUUUCGGCCUGGCGGCUGACUGUCUAUUCCUCUUUUCCAUCUUUCCUAUUAUGCGACAGUCUCGCCGUGAAUCUCGCUUUCCACUGGGCCCCGCCAUCCAA